AUGGACACAACCGUCGAUCACUACACGGUGCUAGGGUUACCUUCCGGCGAAGAAGGUGCAAUCCUAACCGAAAAAGACAUCAACAAAGCCUACAAACUCAAGGCUCUAGAACUCCACCCUGACAAAAGACCCGACGACCCCAACGCCGCCUCCAAUUUCCAGCAGCUUCGAACCUCCUACGACAUCCUCAAAGAUGAAAAAGCUCGCAAGCUAUUCGACGACCUUCUCCGCGUCAAGCGCGACAACGAGCGCCGUCAAUCCCAGCGCGACGGAAAGCGCCGUAAAAUGGUUUCCGAUCUUGAGCGGAGAGAGCGCGAUGCGUUCUCUCCUGAUCCCGCCGCGAAGGGGAGGGAAGAAGAGGAUAGGAUUGCCAAGCAACUUAGAGAUGAGAUUGCUCGAAUUCGUGCUAUGCAUGCUAAGAAAGGUGUGCCGGUGUUUGAUUCUAAGAAAGAAAGCGAUGCUUCCGGUGGUGGAAUUGAUCAAGAGAAGGCUCUGAAAGUUUCUUGGGAAAGGAUUGGGGAAGAUUAUUCGGCGGAGAAGUUGAGGGAAUUGUUUUCCAAGUUUGGUGAAGUUGAAGAUGUUGUUAUCAAAGGGAGAAAGAAAAAGGGUUCUGCACUUGUUGUCAUGGCUACUAAACAAGGAGCUAUUGCUACAAUUGGAAGUGUGAUUGGUCAUCUUGCUAAUCCUUUGUUGGUCUUACCUCUUAAACCUGCAAUGGCUGCAGAUUCUUGGGGUUCUCCAAAGUCUGUUGAACCGGAAGUGCCGAGUAAACUAGUUGGGUCUGGUUAUCAAGCUUUCGAGGAUUCUGUUCUAAUGAAACUACAAAAGGCUGCAGCAAAGCAUAGGUGA